UGAAGCAAUCUCUGAAGAGCUCGCGAUAAACAUGGAAAUGGUCUCCAAUGGUGAUAUGAUAUGUAGCUGCAGCAGAUUAUAGCCUGCAUCAUGGAAGAAAAACAAAUGUAGCCACGGGUUGCAAAAACGAUGCUAGUUUUGCCUGCAAGCGUAUCAUUUAAUGAAGCCUGUCUACUGUAUGAAUUUGAUAUUUACAGUGGAGGCAAUUUAGCUGUCUGUCAAUUGGGCUGCUAGCUAGUGAUGGGCCAUGUUAGCGCGAUGCUUAAUGCUAACUCGUUUGUUAUACAGUAGAUGUUAGGAAUCAGGCUAGUUGACGCUACCAAUUUCACACAUCCAAAAUAAUAGUGGAACAUUGCGUGUAUUAUCAGAGAUGUUAUCAAUGCCUUUCUGAAGAAAGAAGAAAUAGCUAGCUAAGCCAGCUAGCAUCUGAGAAGGUAUUGGAUUGAGAUUUCACCCAAUUUCCUCCAUUUGAAGAAAAGCAUACUGGCUGAGAUGGAUGAACAAAGUGUUGAGAGUAUUGCGGAGGUGUUCCGCUGUUUCAUUUGUAUGGAGAAGCUGCGGGAUGCUCGGCUCUGCCCCCACUGCUCCAAACUCUGCUGCUUCAGCUGCAUACGGCGCUGGUUGACUGAGCAGAGAGCCCAAUGCCCACACUGUCGGGCACCACUGCAGCUGCGGGAGUUGGUGAACUGCCGCUGGGCUGAAGAGGUUACCCAGCAGCUGGACACCCUGCAGCUCUGCAAUCUCUCCAAACACGAGGAGAACGACAAGGACAAGUGUGAGAACCACCAUGAGAAACUCAGUGUGUUCUGCUGGACCUGUAAGAAGUGCAUCUGCCACCAGUGUGCUCUGUGGGGAGGCAUGCAUGGCGGCCACACCUUCAAGCCUCUGGCUGAGAUCUACGAGCAGCACGUGUCCAAGGUGAACGAGGAGGUGGCCAAGCUCCGCCGCCGCCUCAUGGAGCUCAUCAGCCUGGUGCAGGAGGUGGAGAGGAACGUGGAAGCAGUGCGAGGGGCCAAAGACGAGCGAGUGCGAGAGAUACGUAAUGCAGUAGAGAUGAUGAUUGCCCGUCUCGACAACCAGCUCAAAAACAAACUCAUCACCCUCAUGGGUCAGAAGACCUCCCUCACCCAAGAGACUGAGCUACUGGAGUCUCUCCUGCAGGAGGUGGAACAUCAGCUACGCUCCUGCAGUAAGAGCGAGUUGAUCUCCAAGAGCCCAGAGAUCCUGCUGAUGUUCCAGCAGGUUCACCGCAAGCCCAUGCAGUCCUUUGUCACCACUCCAGUCCCCCCAGACUUCACCAGUGAGCUGGUUCCUGCCUAUGACUCAAGCACUUUUGUUCUGGCCAACUUCAGCACCCUGAGACAGAGGGCAGAUCCCGUCUAUAGCCCCCCACUCCAGAUAUCUGGCAUCUGCUGGAGACUCAAGGUUUAUCCAGAUGGCAACGGUGUGGUGCGCGGCAACUAUCUGUCCGUUUUCUUGGAACUAUCUGCAGGACUCCCUGAAACGUCAAAAUAUGAGUACCGCGUGGAGAUGGUCCACCAGGCCUCCAGCGACCCCACUAAGAACAUCAUCAGGGAGUUUGCAUCAGACUUUGAGGUGGGGGAGUGCUGGGGCUACAAUCGCUUCUUCAGACUGGACCUGUUGGCCAGCGAGGGCUACCUCAACAUGCAGACUGACACCCUGGUCCUCAGGUAUCAGGUGCGUUCGCCCACCUUCUUCCAGAAGUGCAGAGACCAGUACUGGUACAUCAGCCAGCUGGAGUCAGCCCAGUCCAGCUACAUCCAGCAGAUCAACAACCUCAAAGAGAGGCUGGCCAUUGAGCUGUUCCGUAGGCAAAAGUCUGGCAGCUCGUCCCCUCCUGACCGGCGCCUGGGCCCCUCGACCUCGGAGAGAGACUCCCGCUCAGGGAAAGGUCCCGUGGCUGAGGACGGCUGCCAGACCACUGCCACCGAGACCAAAGAGGAAGAGGAGGAGGAGGAGAAGACCCAGCACGAUGACUCCAAUGAGCUGUCUGACGGGGACUUGGAAGUGGACUGUCUGACGGGGGACGAGGAGGUGAACCCUCUGGACGGUAGCAGCACCUCGGGCAGCUCCACGGCAACGAGCAACACAGAGGAGAACGACAUCGACGAGGAGACCAUGUCUGGGGAGAAUGAUGUGGAGUUCAGUGGGAACCUGGAGAUGGAGGAGGGAGAACUGCCUGACGAUGUGGCAGGGGCAGCAGGAGGCUCUAACCAUGGGGCCAGGUGUCUGAGGCGUGGUGGAGGUCUCUCCUCCACUGGCAGCAACAACAGUCUGCUGGAGAUUGACCCAGUCAUCCUCAUCCAGCUACUGGACCUGAAGGAACACAGCAACGUGGAGUCACUAUGGGGCCUACAGCCCAGACCCCCUGCUUCCCUGUUGCACAGCCAAGUCCAAGUCCAGUCCAGAAAGGAGCGGGGCGAGCGCCGGCCUCAGGCAGUGAGGAGGGGAGCCCCAGACUCAGGGGUCCUGAUCCGGCUCAAGGCCCAGAUGGCUGAGGUGCGCAGUAAGAUGACGGAUGUCAAGUUUCAGCUGGAGGCGCGGGGGGAGGUCAGGGCAGGACCCUCUGGCGGAGCCACAGGGGAACAGGGGCCCUCUUACCACGCAGACUCAGACUUGGGACCCAGCAGAAAGUCCACAGAGCUGGAUCUGAUGGGGAAAGGUCCUGGGGCCUCCAGACACUGUCGGUCUGGUAGCUGGGGAGCUAUCGACUGCUCAGUCAGAUGUUCAUCCAGCUGUGAUGCUGUGGUUUGUGUGGCAGGAGGGAAGAAGGCCUUGUCUCCCAAGCAGGAGUGCAGUGGGCUGGGCCUGAGGAGAGCUACAGACGGAGUGGAGAAGGAGUCGAGAGGCCAGAGCGGUGAAGAGUUGUCCACCCCCAACGGAUCAGAAGGAGCCCUGAAGCCACACAGCAUGCAGAGCUCCCCUCCUUCUCUGGGCAGCUCAUCGUCCUGCUCCGACAGCAAGCCCUGCAUUUCCAAACACGACCAGGAGCAGCUCUACGGGGCCGACCUGUACGCUCUGGGGGGCCUCAACGGCAUCUCCACCUCCACCAUAGCACGACCCAGGACCCAGCCCAUGGGGUCCGGCCUGCUGACGGACAGCUCUCUGGACUGUGACUUGGAGGAGACGGCUGAGGUCCGCCAGUCACUGCUCUCCCUGGCAGAGGGACCCUCUUCACACCCUGACGAAAGUCAUCUUGUCCAUAAGCAGACGGUGGUGCUGCUGCCAGGUAUGAGCAGUGACAGUGAGAUCGACUGUGACACGGAGAACGAAGAUGAGGUGGUGGCCCUGGAGGCUGGAGACUGUCGUUAUGAUGCCCAAACACUGCCCUGUGCAGGGGCCCAGUUGAACUCUGACGACCUGUGCUUCACCACAGGAGAGAACACCGAGAGGUGAUUCCCCUCCAUCAUGGCGUCCACAGCCGGUCUAAACAGCAGUGUAUAUAACUUUAAUGUACACAAGCACUUGUGUAGACAUUUGCAUGCAGUCAUUCUCGUCACCGGCAACCCCAAAUGCAAUGAGAAUGCUACAACUCACUAAGUGAGCACCUUGAUGAUGACUGCAAAAUAUGUAAAUAUAUUUGAUCACUUUUAUUAAUCUCCAUUUAUAUUUAAAUGUAAAUUGGAUUAAAUAUGAGUUAGAAUGAGGCGAGGAACAAUAUAUUUGCGAGAGACAUUCUUUAGGCUGUCGUUGUGAAAAGUAAAAUAGUAACAUUUUAUCAUAUGUAACUAACCUCAUGGUUGAUGUUUGCAACGUCUAAAUAUUCUGAUUGGGCUUUGGUCUGGACAUCGUGAGCUCUGGGGAAUUUUGAGAAAUAAGCACAGUGCACCUGCUUCACAACAGAAAGAGAACCUUAAAAUCUCUCUGCCUUUCUGAUUCAAUGAGGUGCUAUUGAUGUGUUUGUGUGGAGGAGCACAGUCAGGUAGGCAUCACACAGUGCUGUAAUGAACACCCCAUUCUUGAAAACAGUCUGAGCGAACGCCUUGAAGUGGACGCAUUUAGUACCUUUAUUCCUGUAUCACCAUUGACUUAAAACUUGUUAGGAAGUCCCUUUCUGUGCAAAUCUUAUCAAUGCAAACUACUGUAUUUCGUCUGCUACCCCCGGUAGAUUGGAGUUGCUUGCCCCCCAGUAAAUCUUUCAGAACAAGAACCAGUUUUGCUGCUGUGUAGACACAUUGAAGGAUGUAUCAAUGGUACAUCCUUCUCUGGCAUGUGUAAGAGAUCGCUACCUUCUGAAUGUGUAUUGAGUAGUUUCUUAGUAGAGAAAUAGGCAUGACUCUUGCUCACAGUAGUGGAUUUUGACCGAAUUGAUUAUUCACACUGAACUUUCUUGGUUGACAGUCUGGGCUUCAAGUACUUUUUAACCUGAUCUCGUAAUUUAACAUCAAAGCUGAUGUACCUUAUCCGUACAUACAGGGUUCUUUCUUUCACCAGUAAGUGUUUUCUGCAGCCCUUGUCAAAUCAAGAUGAGCUCUGUAACAUAGGCAUGUAUGUAGGUGGUGUUUUUGAGUUUUCUGCCCUGAUGCUAUCUUAACUCUUUUUCUGUAUUGUGUGCGCAACUCCUCCCAGUUCAGCUAUUCUGCUCGUCUUUGAAAAAAUGGGUCCAUGAAAAUUCACACAUUUUCACUUCUAUGAAGCAGAUGUAAUUUCAUUUUCAACUUGGUGGAUUCCUUUCUCUUUUCAAAAAAUGGACCCAAAUGUCACAUUCUGUCGUCUUGAUUCUAGAUUAUUUUAUUUUGCUUGUUUUCUGGGCAAAAUUUGACCAAGGCAAUAUUUGGAAAGUCAUUUGUUUGACAGAGACGUGUAAAUAAGUGUUUUGUACAAAGGCUUCCCAACAGUGAUGUAAAGUGUUCUGUUCUUUAAAGCAUGUCAUUAGAGCGAUUUUCAUUCAAUAUCCUUUUUACCCAUCAGAGGGUGCCAACUCUUCCUUGUAGUUGAGCUUUGCUGUGUGACCGUGGACCAUUUUAUUUACACAGUAACAUUUUAUUAUUUUCAACCCUUGAAAAGCAAUCUGACGACCACACUAGCAUCCACAUGGACAUCAUAGCAGAAACUGUACUCUUUGUACCAUGGAGAACAAUGAACAUUGACAGACUUUCUUCAUUGAAAUGUACACUGAAGAGGUGACCCAACUGAAUCUGUAAACAUUUCUAUCCCUUGAAAGGGAGAUGUGUAAGGUGUCUCGAAGUAUACUGGUGUGCAUUGACUAAUAAGGAAAUAUGUUCUAAAUGCCUGAAUGGAGAGCUCUGGUUUACACUAUAAAUAUCUUCAUUCAGCUGUAGGAUGCCUGAUGUUUACCCCCAGCUGCACAGCCUCCUAAUGUUCCAUCAUGUGUGCCUAAAACCGCAUGGCUUCAAUGGAGUUGAACAGGCAGAUGGAGGGUGGACAAUAUGCUUUAAACCUCUUAUUGUGCACUUGUAUAUACAGCUCCAGAUUCAUCCUGAUAUGGUCUAAUUGUAUCUAUUUCACUGUCUGUUCACUAUGCACAUUUCUGUUUGUGCCCAGGUUUUAGCUGUGUGUUUGUCUGAGUGGGAAAGGUACUAGAAAGAGGGUGAUUAGAUGGUUUCAAGUGUUCAUGCUUUCCUUUGUGUCUACCAUGAGUGUUUAUUUUAUAUUGUCCCAGAAUGCAGUGGGAUUUUUAUUUGUUGGGUAUGUAUGUCAUUUUUUGUUGUAACUAAUAGAAUAUGACAUUUAACAAAUAAAAUAUUUUAUGGUUUCUUGAAA